AGAACAAGCGCGUAGCGCAAAAAAAAAAAGAUUAUUAACCUAUACAAAAAUUAAUUUUAUUAGAAAGUGGAAGCACACAAGCUUUCCAGUGUUGCUUUGAUGCUCAUUUACCUAAUGAUCAUCUUGACAUUAUUUUCCAUUUUUCUUUUAACUGUAGUGGGAGUUGUUUCAAACAAUUUGAUCAAAUCUACUUGUAUGUAUUUCUCUAAUUAGACUUGAGUGCCUUCUUCCUAGCUUUUGAGAUGUUUCUUAGAGGUGGGUAUGUGGUGCUAAGCUUUCCUUGCAGCUCUUGUAGUUGUUACAGCUCAUUCACAUUCAGUGAUAUAGGUACAGUAAUUAGUACACUUCAUUCUCACCUUUUGAAAUGAAAUUAAUGAAUCCAAGUAAUCACAGCCACAUUUGAAGAGCAGUCGCAUUGUUUUGUUAGUGUUGAAUUCACUGGGAUUAAAUUGCCUAACAAAGAGUAGUAUGAAUUGUUGAGCUGUGCAGAGAAUCAGAUGAGUGAUAAUGAUGUUAAUUUGCUCAUUUUGAUGUUGCAGACCCCACCUACCCAAGCAAAUGGAACCAAGAGUGAUUCAAGGAGGCAAAGUGAUGAUGACGAGAAGAGAAGACGGUAAGAAGGCAGGGAUUAUUGUUACCAAGCAGCAAAUGGUAGCAUACAUGUACAUCAUUCACGUGUCCCUUUUUUUGACCUUCCAAAUAGUUAAAUAGGAGAACUUUCUCUUCUGCCUUCUCUGACUGGCAGCUUUGGUAAAAAUGUAAUGGAAACUAAAAAGCUUCUUCACAAAAACAAAAAAAUGUUUUUGCAAUGCAUCAUGUACGUUUAUGGUACCUCAGAUAACCAGACUACAGACUAUUACCUAACACCAAUAUUUUGUGUUUCUUGUCCAUGAAAAGGAAGGCUUAACACUAUCUCCUGACAAAAUAAAACACGUGGAAUCUGAGCGAAUAUUUCUGUUUUCGCCCUAGGUAGAAAUUUUAGGUUUUCCAAGGAAAUAUAACAGCAGAUGAUCACUGGACUGCAAGAUGUCUGGUUUUUGAUGUAACAGGUUGAAGUAAAGGAACUAGGGGAGGGAUAUGGGCUUUACCUACUUCAGUAUCAACAUAACAGCUAGUUAUCAAAACUCAAACACGGUGUAAUGCCACUGAGAAAUGGAUGGCUUGUAGAUCUUUCUGAAGAAAUACACAUUUUUUGUAAAUUGCACUUUUUGUCAGGAGUAUGUUGAAUUGUAGACAAUUCUAGGGUUUCCUGUUCUGCACUUAAAACAAAGGUCAUCCUUCUGCAACAUAACAGGAACUUCUUAAUAUUAAAGCUAAAGAACUUUUUUCAUUAACGGGCCAUUUUACAGAUUGAAAAAUAUUUCAUUUUUAAUGCUGAUGUGACCCGUUAAUUUCUUGCUGAUGAAUUAUUUCUUUACACAAGAACUGAAAAAUUUUAAAGGAUACUUCAAAACAUGGUUCAGAUACAUGCAGUGUGGUCAUCAAACAAACGUCUUAAGCUUUGAUCUACUAAGUUAAGUUUGGUUUUUAGCUACAGAUGUACCAUAACAUGUUUUCUCUCAUUUUAAACAGUUCUUUGCAUCUGAACAUGAUCCACUAAAGCAUUUGAAGGUAUUGUAUUUCUCUACAACAUCAGUGUUACACUGCGGAAACUUGGCUGCCAGAACUGAAGAGUGACUAACUUGACCAAGCUAAAAUUCAAUACUCCGCCUACCUUAAAUCAACAAUACCUGUUUAAGGGAAGCAUCUGUAGAACGCUGUAGACAUGGGUGCCGUAAAACACCCACCAGUGGGUGUGGUUACAAGGGUUGUUAAGGAGAACCUGCUUCUGUUAUGCAUAAUCAGACAGGUCAAUAAUAACAGUCAAUAUAUUGUUCUGUUUAUAGGGGACAUAGAAAUCGCAGUCGCAGUAAAAGCCGAGACAAGUAAGAUCAUUUUUCAACUGUUUGUUUGGCUUAAUACAGGUUUAGCAGUUGGCAACCCGUUAGUUAGUGUACAGAAGGCUUUGGUAACAUGUUCCUUCAUUUUCUUAGCACUUUGACUUAGAAUUCAGUAAUCAGUAAUAUUAUGCCUAGGUCACUGUGAUUUAUUCUUGUUGGUCCUAGCAUUCACAGUUUUUUGUUUUCUCUGUUCCAGGGGUCGCCGACGUCGAAGCCGUAGCCGUAGUGGUAGCCGCAGUCCUGGUCGUGACAGGUAAGGACUGAUGUCUGGUUGACUCAGAUGAGUUUCCAACGGUGUUGGCCCCCUGGGGAAAGUUGUUGAUGAAACAUGAACUAGCAUGAACUUUAUCUUGGCAAAGUUUGCUCACCCAUCAGACAACUAGUCUUAUUGUAAUAACAUGCUAGCUGGACGGGUUGCUUCAGAGUUGCUCCACUAGCCCUCGGCUAUCGUAAAACACUUUUGUGGUGCUGUGAUUCCAAAGAGGGGCUAAUAAGCACUACAAUAUCUUAAGGAAAGAGUCAGCAAAACAUAAAUUUGAACAUCAUCUGUUUAAUAAGCAUAAGCUGAGUAAAUAGAUGAAAGAAAAAAGUGCAAAUUGUGCAAUUUUGUUUUGCCUAAAAGAAGGAAAAGACAUGGCAAUUCACAGUGUUGAGAACAGGUCUGAGAGGUAUCAAAGAGGUGUAGGAUGGGAAGGAUGUCCUUUUAGCUAUGUAUCGAUCACUUGUCACAAUAGAUAAAAUAAUAUAAGGGUUUAUAUCUCACAUGACAGAUUAACUUGUUCUGAUAACUCAGGAUAAUUUGCUUACCGUCUUGUCAUGGACAUUCUCAAAACUAUAAGACUCGUUUCUGCCAGAAAAACUAUGAUAAGUAGUUUCAUCACUGUUUCUUUUUGAUUUACUUCAUAUUAAGAUUGUUUCUAGAAAAGUUCUUUUUGGGUCUGCCACAUCUUGUUUUUCAUUUCAUUUGCAAAACCAACAAAUCAUGUUCAAUUCAUUGUUGUAAUCCAAUUGUUACUUAGUUUGGCUCUCAUUCUGAGCUGGAUAACGAGACUUCUGACAGUCUUUUUGGCACCUAGAAAGAUGUUCCUAAUGCAUUUAAUGAUACAACUGUUUAACCAGCAGUAAAAUUCUAACAAAUUUUUUGGUUUCUUCUCCAAAGAAGUCGCCGUCGUCGUAGCCGGAGCCCUGGUCGUGACAGGUAAGGAUAGCAAUAAUUGAAAUUACUGCACAGCUUUUGAAACUGUAUUUUCAGAGUGGUAGAUAUGUCAAGUGUUCUACAUGUACUAAUUUAUUUUGUCAGCGGUAUUUAUUUUUUUCUUUUUUUUUUUUCCUUUUUCAGAAGGCGACGAAGCCGCUCAGGAAGUCGUGACAGGUACAGGAAGACUGAUUUGUUUACAAUUUCAAAGUAAUCUGGUUACCCCUGCAUCCCACAUUCCUGACCCAAAAAUUCCCAAAGAGGCAAAAUAUUAAAAAUUUAUGGCACUUGGACACAGAUUGAUUUAAAGGCCAACAAAUGUUUUUUCGCAUCUUUUGCGGGGGCAGGAAAACAUUCACUAUAAUUACACAGCUCCAAACACUGAAUCCACUGAAAGUGUUCCAGCUGUUCCUGUAGGACUCAGAAUAGUGGCCUGGCGAUUGGCUAGAUGGUAGGCCAAAUUUUAGAUUUGGCAGGCACAUAAUAUAAUUAUAAUGAUGAACUGUCAAAGAUGAGAUGAGUUGCAUGAUCAUCACUCCAUGGCAGAAGUACCUUUCUGUUAUUUUUGAUAUCUCAACUGCUCAUUGGAUUUAAAGAUGGGAAAAACAAAUUUUGUUUGCAAAAUAUUACUAAAUUAUAUGUAACACAUAUGAGGAAAAACAUGUGCACAAGCAGAUCACUGGAAUUGUUUAGUCUUACAGGGUGGAAAGAAAGUCAGUUUUACAGCUUGCUAUUCGGGCAAGUUUUAGUUGGUAUGUACUAGCUCAAAAGUCAUUUUAACUAGCCCGAUGAUGAGCAGGGUUGAUAACAGUUCUUUUGUGAUUAUUCCUUAUUCCUUCUUCACUUGCCAGGCAGGCAAGUUAAGAACUGAAUUCACUAGCCCGACAGUAAAAUCCACUAGCCCAGGGCUAUUAGACACGACUUUCUUUGCAUGCUGAUCUUAAUUUAUGACUGGCACCCAAACGUGUUAAAACUUUUUUAACUUUUUGUUUUCUUAUUAUUGACAAUAUUGGUUUUCAGGAGGCGGAGACGUCGAAGCAGCAGUGGCAGUAAGAGCCGUUCAAGAAGCCCUGAUAAAAGACGCAAAAGGUUUGUAUAGUUAAGAACAAGUUGUGUUGUAAUGUUUGUUUCUUGGGUAGCAAUAAAUUUUGUGAUUACUGAGAAUGAAGACCCCAAUAAUUAAAAAUGUUAUUUGUUUGUUUGUUUUUCUGGGGAAUGUGAAGUGGCAGGCAAAGAAGUGCAAGUCACAGUCCAAGCCCAAGUAAACAAAGAAGAAGAGAUGAGCAAGAAGGAAGUGAUGGCAACAGAAGCCCUGUGGAGCAACAUCUAGAAAGGUAUUUACUUUCAUACACUGAAACAAGGGAAACCAAUACAAGUAAGGUGAAAAGUGCUAUCUCUAAUGUACUUGACUCCCCUGUCUAACCCUGUCAUGUUUGGCUCUUUUGUGUAGAAGAGAACUGAAACCUGCAGAGGAUAUAACACCAGAAGAAAGAGAUGCUAGAACAGCUUUUUGUAUGCAGCUGGCAAGGAAUAUCAGGCCCAGAGACUUGGAAGAGUUCUUUUCAAAAGUGGGACAAGUAAGUCAUCAUUCUCCCAAUUCUUGCUGAAAAAAAUCCUCCCCCCCCUGUUUUGUUCGUUUUGUGUUUGGUCAGUCUGUCAACUUAUUCUUUUUUUCAGGUUGCAGAUGUUAGAAUUAUAUCAGAUCGCAACUCCAGACGAUCCAAAGGAAUAGCCUAUGUGGAGUUUACAGAUAGAUCUGCUGUGCCAUUGGUGAGUUAAGCUAAGUCUUCUUCUUAUAACAUUCCUGUUAUUCAGAACACUGUAAAGUUCUUGCCUAAAAUGUUGUGUUAUGAAUCUCUUGACAAGCUGCAUCUUUUUGGUUUCAAGGGCUUGUUUAUUUUGAUUGCUUUUUUUCUGUGCAAGUUCAACAUUUUGGCUCUGUUAUUCCAGCUGACAAGAUCAAGAUCAUUUUUAGCAUUAGAUCUCCUCUGUUCUGAGUUCUUGUUUUGCAUUUAGUGCAAUCGAAGAACCAGCCAAGAUUGGCUUAAAUAGGGUUUUAAUUACCUGUUAAGCUGGGCAAAUGCUCUUCAAUGAUUGUAAAGUAUUUUUACUUUUUGUGACAGUAAUGGGUCUAAUGCUCUCUUGGCACCAACGGUUUGACAGUUUUUGUACAUAUAACAAGAUGAGUUUUUGUUUGGUAUUUUUAGGCAAUUAAUCUGUCUGGUCAAAAACUUUUGGGUGCACCUAUCAUGGUAAUGCCUACACAAGCAGAAAAGAACAGAGCUGCUGCUGAGGCUGAAAAGCUGAAGCAACCACCUGGACCAACAAGACUGUAUGUUGGAUCCCUGCAUUUUAACAUCAACGAGCAAAUGAUCAAAGCAAUAUUUGAACCAUUUGGAAUUGUGGACAGUGUACAGUUGAUUUAUGACUCAGAAACAGGGAGAUCAAAGGGUUAUGGCUUUCUCCAGUUCAGAGAUGCUGAGGCUGCUAGGCAGGCUAUGGAUCAGAUGAAUGGUUUUGAACUUGCAGGGAGACCUAUGAAAGUUGGGCCUGUGACAGAAAGAGGAGAUUCCUCCUCAUAUUCAUUCUUGGAUGAUGAAGAGUAUGAAAAGGGUGGUGUGGAACUGAACUCCACAGCUAGAGCUGCACUUAUGGCUAAAUUAUCACAAGGACAUUCAGCUGGUUUGUAGUAGCUAUGUCAUAAACUGUACUCUUGGUAAAACUUCGUUUUAUUCUAUUCUGUCUUUGAUCAGUCUUAAUAAUUGUGAUUAAACAAAUAAGACUGCCGCUCUGUUGUACUGUCAACUGUUUUUGUUUAUUUUAAAAGGAUAUUUGAUCAUAUAUAAGGGAAUACAUCGACAGACAAAACGGGACUUUCCUUAGGCCCUGUUACUAUUUUAAACUAGCAGUAACCGAUGGUUAGGAAGUGCAGGCAAACGUGUGGGCUUACCUCAGAGAUGGGAUUGAGGAGAACCUCUUUCAUAAUUGUGUAGAGAAAGCCCUUGUAGUUCCAGCUUCAACAAAAGGAAUCACAGCGGAUCAUGGAUGUGAAACUUAAUUGAAUAACACAGUAAACAAGACUCAUAAUAUUAGUCUCAUAAUACUAUUAGUCUGCAAUUGGUUAGGAGUGAGGAGAGAAGGGUGUAUUCACAGGCAAAGAUACAAUGAAAACAGUGAUGCGUGACAUACCAUGACUGCAAUAUGCAUAUCAAGUCUUAUUAUUCAAUCGGUUUUUGAGUCUGUGUCCAAUGACCAAAGGCUAUUGAAAAUAACGAAAAAUCUCAGUUUACCAUUGAAGUUUGAAAGGUAGUGAAUCUUUCAGGUGACAAGCAACGUAACAUGCUUGGAAACGUAUAAAAAUUUAAAAACCAUGCACUCUAGUGAAACCUGAAUAAACUUAAUUUACAUGGAUUUCUAGACUUUGCCAUCACUCGUAUCUCACUGAAAACUCAUUGCACACUGAGCUUAGAUCAGGCUCUACUUUAAUCUUCCUGGGUAAAUAGAUUCCCAGCCAGCAAGACAAAUGGAAAAGUCUCACAUUUAGUACGGUUCUUGUGUACCUGAAUUAUGCAUGCUUGCGAAUCUAACAAUGAUUGUUGCAUCACUUGCAUGUGUGUUUACAUGAUCACUGUGACAUGCUCAACACCAGGGCUUCUCUGGCCACAUACUAUGCAUACUGGUUGGUACAACACUGGCAUCUCAAAAAUGUGGACAGAUUUUGGAAAAAGCUUGCUGUACAGUUUAUAAAGUACCGCUGACCAAGAAUAGUCUGUGGGCUCCUCUUGUCGCCCACAAUGAUAUUUUUUAUGCAGUCUGUUGAUAGUUAGAUUCACCAGUUGCUAAUUAUGGGAAUGGGAUAAAAAGCAUCAGGGGCUGGCAUCAUAGUUUAGUGUGAAGUUUGUAGGUAAUCUGUUUGAUUGUUAGGGUGCUUUUUCCAGUUAAAAAAAACUGAAAAAACUAAACAUCAUAUACCAUACAAUGUUGCACCUGUCGCACCUCUAUUGGGUAGAAACUUGUGUGAAAGCAUGUUACUUAUUUCAACAGUGCUGACUACAGUUGAAACUUGUUAAGCAGCCAGCAAUCAAGGUCCUGAAAUCAUUGUAAAACGUUAUGUGAUUAAGCAGCCACUUGCUCAUUCAGUUUAACCUGAUCUAUGUUAUUAUUAUUUUCAUGAUGCAGGACUCUCUGUGCCAGGAGUUCCAGCACCAGUAGUAGGUGUACAGCAAGCUAUGACUGCACCAGUCUCAAUUCCACUUCCUACACCUUGCAUUAUGCUGCUCAAUAUGUUUGAUCCAACCAAGUAAGUUGUCAGUUUCUCCUUCACCUUUUGGCUUGGUUUGCUUUGGAAAGUUUUUAUAAUCAUUGCCUCCUUUGUUUUAAUCCUUCAUCAUCGUAUUGAACAUGUAUUUAGUGCCUUUCCCCCUCCCCAACCCCCAUCGUUUUACCCUUUUUUAAAGUAAAUACUCUAUGACGUAAUUAAUUAAUAACUUAUUAGCCAUAUAUGGUUAGGAAUUUUUUGUUGUUUGUAAUUUUAGUUAUUUGGAAAUAGUUGAUAUACUAUUUUAUUGUGUAAGACUCCAAUUAAAAAAAACUUGUCUGUAUGUAUGUUUACCCCCUUUAAGAUGGUGUUGUUCAUUAUGUUAAAAUAUACCUUAUUAUAGGAAAUUAACAAUGCACUUUAUUAACGUAAAUCACAUUAAUUUAAUGCAUCUUAAUUUAUGUCAGUGUUAUUUAAAUCACACUAUUUUACAUCAUUGUUGUUUUACAGCACCUUUAUUUCAAUAACAAAACCUCAUCUGCCCAUAGUUCCUCUAUCAAUGCCUUGGACUCGCUAUCUGACAGUUCUUCUAUAAGAAUUGAGUUAAAAAUGUGUUUUGAACAGGUCUUUGUAUUGAUCCAUUUCCUCGAGGGGAUAGCUAACUUCUUCGGUCUCUUGUCUUAAAAUUUCAUGGCUCAUUUAUCCUCCCAAUGCACGGUCACCUUUAUUCUGAGAAGUUUGUAUUGCAGCAAAUUCGUGUGAAGUAAAGUUAGGUGCACAUUGUUUUCGAAAAUUUUGAGUUAAUUUGAUGCAUGUAAACGUAACUUUUUAUUUUGUGUAACAUCAAUUUUAUUCACAUUGUGAACAUACAUCAUUAAUUUCUUAUAAUAAGGUAUACUUAGCAUGAGCUAAUAAGGUUUAGUUUGCAGGGAAAAGGGUAACCCUGUUUUGCCUGCAUGCUUCCUGCUUGACACAGUGUCUUCAAAGAGAACCUUAGAUUUUACUUUGUCCCUACAACAUUACAUGACUUAUUAGUGUCUCUCUUUCCUCAUGUGCCUUCCUCUGAAUAGCCCCCUACCCCCCUAUUACUAAACUGGUUGAUAAUAUACACAAAAAAAAAUACUCUGAUUGGCCAAGAAAGGAGUGCAGUUUUGCUGUAACACGAGUGCAAACUUGUACUUGUAACACGAGUGCAAAUUACAAAUGGUAUCUGAUUGGCUGAAAACACAAAAGAAACCACCAAGAACCAAUCACAUUUUAGCUGUUUUAACAACAAAAUUUAAGAAAAUGGCCAUGGUUUUCUGCAAACAAUGAUCUGAUUUUGUAUGCAAAACAACAAUAGAAAAGUUUAAAAAACAUUCCAAAAACCCAAACAUGUACGUCUUUCUGGCUAAAUGUAUUGAAAAUGCAGUGCUAAGAGAAAAAUACUGUCAACAAAAGUGAGGAAAAUGAGCCAGAGAAACUAAACAAGCUACUUAUAACAGACUAUGCUAAGUUAAAAAGUAAAGAACAAAAACGGUGGCAACCACAUGCAAGCCAUGACAGCUACACUUUUCAGGCAUUUAAAUGAACAAGGAUAAAAGUUUUCCAUGGUAACAACAGGGAUUUCAAGACAUGUACGUCAUUUGUUGGAGGAGAAAGGUGUUCAGAUGCCCUCUUUUAAGUAUUUUGUCGAGCGAAGACUUCUAUCUAAACACUGGCCAUGCAAUGGUCUGGUUUUUUUUUCUACCUCAGUAGCAAACGAAACCGAAAAUUUAAACAUCUGGUUCAAACUAAACCAAUGGGCGAAAAUACCAGAGCUAACAUAAUGAAAGUAUCCAUAGCUGGUACUAGCCUUAAAGAAAAGGAGAAAAAAGUUUGAGAAUCAUACUACAAGAAAAACAACAUUCAGCUAGCUGAAGAAAGCAAAGAUUGUUCGUUCAGAAUAUAUUGCCAAUGUAAGAGGGCACAGAAGCAUAAAUUUCCUCAACAACUACGAUGAAGCUGAUGAAGAAGAGCGACGAUGACUCUCUUUUGCAAUAGGCCAAGGCCAAAUGAAAUAAUGAAAACCUCAGCACUGAGAAAAUGCAAAUAUUAUAUUUAAUUAAUACUGGUAGUUUCCAACAUCACAACAACUGUGGCUCCACUCACCCAUCGAUGGCAGCAUCGAAAGAAACAAUUGCCUCCUUCAUUUUCGGAUUGUAAAUCUCAAAAAUUUCUCCAUGAAUCCAGCUGUGAUGGGGUCUCAAGAACAGGCAAUGAUGAAUAGUCGUUAAACAAUUCAGCAAGUGUCUUUUAUCUUUUGCUGCUCGAAGUGUUCUCCUGAUUUAAAAACGGCAGUAUACUUCUUGUAAAAGCUUUCUUGUAAACGCCGAGCUCUCAUAACACUUAGUUUUACUGAUUAUUGUAAACCUAGUCAUUUUUAACAGGCUUGUGACCGUGUAAAGUAAAUCCUUGCACAUUUCCAAGUUCUUAGCAGAAUGAUUUUGGAAGCGUUGGUCUUGAAAACGUUUGAAGUUGACAAAGGUUGUAGUCUGUUUCAGCCAAUCAGUUGAAUGAACUAAAAAUGCGCACGCUGUCAAAAUUUGUUGUUGUAGUUAUGUUUUUUGUGUAUAUUAUUAAUAAGUAAUCACAUGAUUUUUCUUGUGCAAUUUGGAAUAAAUAAGCACUUGUAAAUUUUUCAAAGACCACAAAGAGUACUCGCCCUCGGCUCGUGCACUUUUGUCUGGUCUUUGAAAAAAUUACUUGUGUGCUUGUGUAUUCCAAAUAAUAUAUUGCACUCAAAAUUAUGUGAUUACCUAUACAAAUAUAUUUAAAGUGACCCCCCCUCCAUUUCCUAAAUCCAUUAAUAUCAGGUAUAUCAAAAGGAAAAAUAAUAAAACAUGUCUUUCCUCCGUUAAGUUCCAAGGUUCUGUUCGUAUGUGUUUUCAGACUUCUUAUAAAUGUAUCCCAUUUGUUAUUUUAAUUUUUGCCCUAUUGCUGCCCUCCUGCUAGAGCAAUUAUAAUAGUUGUUCAAGGACCAUCUGUCUGUUCACUUUUUCUUGGUCUUGGUGUAAUGGGCUGAUUGUCUUGGUCUCAAUUUGUCAACCCACUUUUUCAUGGGCCGAGAUAGUUGUUUGCUAAACAGCAAGGUGUUCUUUAAUUUCCUUAUUUUGUUUCCAAUAGAGAAAAAGACGUUGACUGGGAUGCUGAUAUUAGAGAUGAUGUUUUGGAAGAGUGUACCAAAUAUGGUCAAGUAUAUCACAUUCAUGUGGAUAAAAGCUCAACCCAGGUAAAAGAAAGGAAAAAAAAUACACGUAGACAUUUAUUUUUGGUGAAUCAACUUUCUUAUAGCCCGAAAUCUGAGGGGAAACAUGUUAAUCUAAUUGUUAAUUUAAUUUAUAGGGAGCUGUUUAUGUGAAAUGUAGCAGUCCUGAAGGAGCUGCGAAUGCAUCAAGAGCCCUUCAUGGAAGGUGGUUUGCCGGUAGGUUCACUAGCCAUAAUGUCAUUUGCAGAAUAUGCCACGUGUGUCAUUGUGACCUGUUUUAAUGUGGAUUUUUUCCCCUUAAAUUUGUAGGAAAACAAAUCAUUGCCAGAGCUGUUCCUCUUGCAAACUACCAUACUAUGUUCCCUCAAGCAAUGUCAUUGUUGAAGCCAUUACAGCCAUCCACGUAUUAAACACUAUUUUCUUAAUAAUAUUUCAAGAUGUCAGUGGCAGAAAUAUGUUCCUUUACUGAUUGUAAAUAUCUGUAAACCAGAAGAAACAUCUGUACCAGGAACCCAUCCUCUUUCCUUACACUGACACCCAUGUGGCUAAAGUUCUUUUGCUAAUGAUGUGAGGCUUCUUGAUGACUGGGAUUUUUC